CUUGUAAAAAUGGCGACGGUAAGGCACGGAGAAGUGAACACUGGACGCGUAGCCGUGAACCAACACUUCUGGUCCGAGCAAAGAAAGAACUGAUACGGCAUCGGGAGCGAAAGUUAGUCGACCCGUUUAAUGCUCGCAGCUCAGUUUGCUCUGUUUGCUUUUGUUUUCCAGAACUCAGGGUUCCCUUGGACCGCUCAUUAGCUUCAAGUUAGCCGCGUAGCUUCACUGUGGCUGCUUGAAUCUGUCUUUAUGGCAUCUGCUUACCGAUAGCCCUUUAAAAAAAGAAGAAGCUCGGACCCGUCAAAGUUUCUUGGACCCAACAAAACGGCAACUAAUGAGUCACCUGGAUUAAAAACUAUUAAAGGAGGAUCUCCGGAGUGUUGGGGGACUUUCAGGCGUCAUGUAUUUUUUAACCGGCUGGCCCCGGAGGCUGCUUUGUCCGCUGAAGAGUGCCGAGGAGCCCUUUCAUAUCCAGCCCAGCUGCCAGAGGUUUUACUUCGCUUUGCUGUCAGAGACGCAGCUCAGCAUCUGGUUCUCUCGGCCCAGUGUCCUGAUAGUCAGCUACAUUGAGUCUGCGAAGGCAGCGGCCCAGUUUGGCUUUUACCAGAAAGCAGAAUGGAAACCAGACGACUCCAUGAUAGCUGUGGCGACCGCCAAUGGCUACAUCCUUUUGUUCGAUGUGUUGGGUGGAGGCGAGGACAAGUAUCUUUAUGAGCCCGUCUAUCCAAAAGGAAGCCCUCGUGUGAAGGUGACUCCUGGUUUUAAAGAGGAGCAAUGUGCCCCCGCUCUCUCUUUGGAGUUGAAGAAGCCUGUGGAUCUAGAGGCUCCUAUCACCAGUCUUCAGACUCUCCAGGAGGACUUACUGGUUUGUACAGCAGACGGAUAUCUCCAUGUGCUGCACUGGGACGGGCUCGGCAGCAAUGGCCGCAAGGCCAUCUGCCUCACUACAAUCCCCUUUUCAUUAGACCUGCAGUCGGCUCGAGGGGGUCCCUCUCUCGACCUGGAUGGAGUCUACAUUUGUUGCAUGGAGUACUGUUUGACCCUGGACGGCUUUGCUGUGGUUCUCAGCGAUGGGCGCCUGGGCUUUAUCACACCGCUUAGCAACUCCAUCGCAGCAGACCAGCUGCAGGGAGUCUGGGCAGCAGAUGUGGCAGAUGGCACCUGUGUGGCCGUCAACAACAAGUACAGACUGAUGGCUUUUGGCUGUGCCAGCGGUUCGGUGUUGGUCUACAUGAUCGACACCACAACGGGAUCAAUGCAGCUGUCCCACAAACUGGAGCUCACACCUAAACACUAUCCAGACAUCUAUAACAAGACCGGCGCCGUCAAGCUAAUUUGCUGGUCACCUGACUACAGCGUUGUCAUGGUAACGUGGGAGUGUGGGGGCCUGUCACUGUGGAGCGUCUUUGGAGCUCAUCUCAUCUGUACUCUGGGAGAAGACUUUGCGCAUCAUUCUGAUGGCACCAAGAAGGAUCCACUUAAAAUAAGCUCUAUGAGCUGGGGAGCAGAGGGCUACCACCUGUGGGUAAUCCCCAACAGACAGGAGAGGAGAAAACAGGAGGAUGAGGAGCAGGAUGUGGAGAUGGUUUCUCCCCCUCAUCCUUGUCUGCAGGCUGGGAUUCUGCAGUUCCAUUUUAUUAAGAGUGCCCUCACAGUCAACCCCUGCACGAGUAACCAGGAGCAGGUGUUACUCCACGGAGAAGACCGCCUCUACCUGACCUGUGGUGACCCCACACAAAUCCACGGCAACUCUGACGCACACGCAAACUUGCACCCACGAGACGGCAGCCCGUUGCACCACCCGUCCAAUCCAGACUCCUCUCUUUCUCAGGGACUCAGCACUUUACUCGGACACAAGCACUGGCAUGUGGUCCAGAUUCACAGCACAUACUUAGAGAGCAACUGGCCAAUUCGGUUUGCAGCCAUAGACACAGCAGGACAAUGCAUGGCUGUUGCAGGGAGGCGGGGCUUUGCACACUACUCCUUAUUCACGAGAAAAUGGAAGCUGUUUGGGAACAUCACUCAGGAGCAGAGCAUGACUGUGACAGGAGGCCUGGCUUGGUGGAAAGACUUUGUUGUGGUGGCAUGCUACAAUUUUACAGACCAGCAAGAGCAGUUGAGGUUCUAUCAGCGCGCAUCCAACCUGGACAACGCCUUCGCCUCGGUCACUAAGCUGCACUCUGAUACGCUGCUCCUCAACGUUUUCAGAGACAUGGUCAUCCUGUUCAGGGCCGACUGCUCCAUUUGCCUCUACAGCAUAGAGAGGAGAAAUGACGGUCCCACACCAUCUGUCAGCGUGGCGCUGCUGCAGGAGGUGUCCAUGUCUCGCUACAUCCCCCAUCCAGCUCUUGUGGUCUCGGUCACGCUCACAUCAGUUCGCACAGAGACUGGCAUCUCUUUAAAAGCACCGCAGCAGGCCUGCACAGCAGAGAGCAUCAUGUUGAAUCUGGCUGGCCAGUUGAUCAUGCUACAGAGGGACCGAUCUGGACCACAAGUGCGGGACAAAGAGACACCAGCCGUCAACAAAAAGCUGCUCCCAUUUUGUCCUCCAGUGGUGCUGGCUCAGUGUGUGGAGAACGUGUGGACGACUUGUCGCUCCAACAAGAAGAAGCGCCACCUGCUGGAGGCCCUGUGGUUGUCCUGCGGAGAGGCAGGAAUGAAGGUCUGGUUACCUCUGUUCCCCAGAGACAAUCGAAAGCCUCACUCCUUCCUCUCCAGACGCAUCAUGCUGCCCUUCCAUAUCAACAUCUAUCCUCUGGCGGUGCUGUUUGAGGACGCCCUGGUGCUGGGAGCCACCAAUGAGACCAUACUCUACGAUGGGCUGCAAGGACCCUCUGAGCCACUAGAGGCACUAUUUCCUUACUGCACAGUAGAAAGAACCUCCCAGAUCUACCUCCACCACAUCCUGAGGCAGCUGCUGGUUCGCAACCUGGGCGAACAGGCUUUGAUGCUGGCUCAGUCCUGUGCCUCCCUUCCCUACUUUCCUCAUGUCCUGGAGCUGAUGGUUCACGUAGUUCUGGAAGAAGAGGCAACCUCACGGGAGCCCAUCCCCGACCCUCUGCUUCCCACCGUGGCCAAGUUCAUCACAGAGUUCCCCCUCUUCCUCCAGACCAUCGUCCACUGUGCCCGGAAAACGGAGUACGCUCUGUGGAACUACCUGUUUGCAGCCGUGGGAAACCCCAAAGAUCUGUUCGAGGAGUGCCUGAUGGCCCAGGAUCUGGACACAGCAGCGUCCUAUCUGAUUAUCCUACAGAACAUGGAGGUUCCUGCAGUGAGUCGGCAGCACGCCACUCUCCUCUUCAACACGGCUCUUGAACAAGGAAAAUGGGACCUUUGCCGUCACAUGAUCCGAUUCCUAAAAGCCAUUGGCUCAGGGGAGAUGGAGUCUCCGCCCCCCACGCCAUCAACUCAGGAACCCAGCUCAACGGGAGGCUUCGAGUUCUUCAGAAAUCGCAGCAUCAGUUUGUCUCAGUCUGCAGACUCCAUCUCGACAGGAAAGUUUAACCUGCAGAAGACCUUCAGCAUGCCCAGCGGAGCUUCUGCCAAAGGGCGGGAUGUGGAGUGCGCGGAGAACAUGUACAUUGACAUGAUGCUGUGGCGCCACGCCCGCCACCUCCUGGAGCAGGUGCGUCUCCGUGACCUCGGGUGCUUCUCUGCCCAGCUGGGCUUCGAACUCAUCGGCUGGCUGUGCCGGGAGAGAAACCGUGUGGCCCGAGUCGACGACUUUGUCUCUGCUCUGACGAGGCUCCACAAAGACUUUCUCUGGCCCUUUCCCGUCAUUCCUGUGGGAAGUUUCAGCUCACCUCUGAAGAACGGACGCUGCCGCAGUGUGCUUAGUACGCAGCUGCUGAAGUCUCAGUCUGCAGACAGUCUGCUGAACAGCGAGAUGGACACAGCCCCGCCUUCUGCAGCUACCACCAACCACACCUGGAUGGACAGCCUCGUGCAGAGCACCAAAGACACAGAGACGGCCUCAUCGGCUCACUCCAACCAAAACUCACCACAGACGCACGACGCCUUCCUGUCGCUGCUCACCAACAAAGUGGAGGAGUACAGCGUGGGCUCGGCUACAGACCUCACAGAGACCAGCUCAGUGGUGGACGGCGACUGGACCAUGGUGGAUGAGAACUCAUCCACUUUAAGUUUGAGUCAAGCUGAGCUGGAGCACAUCUCCAUGGAGCUGGCCAACAAGGGCCCGCACAAAUCCCAGGUGCAGCUCAGAUACCUCCUCCAUGUGUUUAUGGAGGCGGGCUGUUUGGAAUGGUGCGUUGUGAUUGGUCUAAUCUUGCGGGAUGCAAACGUGAUCAAGCAGGUGAUCAGCUUCCUGGACAGCCCUGAGGUUCCACCAGAGACCGCACAGAGCAUCCGAAACGGCUUACUGGCUGUUGACGCCUGGGCUUCCUCUGACUGCCUUGGAUACAAACCAUUUCUCAACCUGAUCCAGCCGCAGCUGCAGCAGUUGAUGAACUCGACAUCCGAACAGGUGCAGCCCGACGCCUUCCAACCUGCAACCCAAAGCUGCAAGCUGGCGGCCUCUGAGGGCCCGGCUGGAGCCGCUGCCCCCCGGGUGGAGGACAGCAGAGGGGUGCCCGCACCACUCGGGCUGGCGCUGCCCUCGCUCGAACCUGCUGGGGUCUUUUCCCGCCCUCCUCCUGAAGACUCUCCUCCUGAGCAAACGGAGGAGCAGGGAGAGGAGGAGGGAACCUACGACUGCACCUUGUCCUGAAUGCUAGGGCCAAUUCUAGUCUUCAACCUGUGAACUUCAGACUGAGGAGGCAGACUGGGAUUAGACAGUGUCUUUAAGAGCAUAAAGCUCCUCUCCCUGCAGGUUCAUACUUCAGUCAGUAUUAUGUAAUCUUUAAAUCCGCCCUUUUUUAAGGCAUACCGAGCCACCAGACGGCUCGGACGUUCUCUAACAUUUCACCAAAAUGUGCUGGUUGGGAAAGAAGGUCAGCUGUGUCACUUUUUUUCUCCUGUCGGUGGUGUUUGAAAGCUGCAGAGCAGCACAGGAAGGCACCAGUUUUAUCCUUUGUUCCAUGAAAUUCAAGGACUUAGCUCAUGCUAAUCAGCAGAUUGUAGAACAAAGCAUCGGCAGAAACCGUGAAAUGUGUCUCAGCCUGCUUCCAUACCUCAUCACUUUAGGAUGUUUUGAUACCUUUUAAAAUAAUGUAAGAGGACAAACUCGAUUAUUUUUCUACCAACUAUCAUUCUGGAGAUAAUCGCUGUGAAAAACUCGAUUUCUGUGUAGUUCUGACGUCUGCUUUGUCUCAGAAGGAAUCAGCUGCACACUUAGAUCCCACAGAUUCAUUCAUCUCUUAAGGAAGCGGAACACCUGACCCUACUCUCCUGUGUUCUUUCAAAUAAGCAGAAAGCAGAACCUAAAGCUGCUCUAAUGUUUUUGGACACGUCUGCCGGCUUCACAUGAAUCCCUCCUCUGCAGUGUUAACAGUUUGAAUCAAAGGGAACUGAUCACAUCUAUCCUAACUCGCCUCUCCACCGUGCAACAUACCGACGCAGCGAGUCUGCAUGCUGCUUUCCCCGAUGCGUGUCGCAUUGUGUUCAUGUAUUAACCUGAUGGGUGGCUUUGAUCGCUUAGAGUUGAUUUUAUCGUAUUAGUCGUCACUAUUGUUAUUUAUUGGCAUUAUAGGUGAGCGGAGGUUUGUUUUAAUGACUGAGAACAAGCUUAAAUAAUCAGACUAGUGCUCUCAACCACAGGCACUAAAGCGGUUUUGUCAGUAUUAUAAUGUGCAUUGAGUGGGAAAUGUUACUUUAAGCUUUAUGUUUCUCUUUUCUCCACCUCAGUUUUUCUCUCUCAAUGUAGACUAAAACCGUCUGUAAAUGGGCUUCUGUUGAAAUAGUUGGCUCAGAUGGUUCGUUUAGGAAAUCUCUCUCAACAGAAAAGCUGGGAUUUAAAUUCAGUUUUCAGCAGGCCCCAAACUCCACAGCCACACUACACUUCUCCGCUGUGACCUUUAUUAAACUUGAAAACGGUAACUCGAUGAACCAAAGACUUUUAACGUCCAGAGGCCUUCUGUUGAAACCGGACAGAGUCUUUAUGCAGAUUGAACCAAACCUCACGCCCAUCCAUUCGACACCUAACCAACGCCACUCUUUCCUUAUCCUGACAGACGGUUUCCUACGGGAAUGAAUAUGGCCGAUGUUUUAUGAGGUUUUUUUUUUUUUCUUCUUUGCAGGGUGAUUUGGUGAGGAGGGGGCCAGUCGGGCGUGACUCCCUCCCUACUGUGUACAGUUUAAAAGUAUUGCCUGUUUGCUCAGAGUAACGUUUCACCUCUGGGGGCAGCAGACAUCCUGAAUGCAGUGUAAAGAUUACUAUUGUACAUUAUGUCUUUUCUACUUAUUAUUCUGUUUUCUACUUCAGUUUUUUUCCCGUGUACAUACAGACCAAUAAAUUAUUUUUAAAA